AUGGACACCGACUCCAGCUACGAAGAUCCAGCAGAAGCCGGCGAAGAAGAAUCAAGCGCAGAUGAGUUUGUCAAGCCCGCAUUCCCACCUAGCUCCACCGAAGCAUUGAAGGUGGUCAAGCAUUCGAACAAUGCACAUCUCGCCACGCAUAGAAAGAGGAAUGGCACCGAGUCUAGAGAAGAGCGAUGGAACCGCCUUCAGAGCCAUUACAACGACCAAUACCUCAAUCUCCUGAACGAGAGCAGUCUUAACGACCAUGACCUCGUGAAAGAUGAUCUUGGAUCUACACAGCUUGGCUCAACUACUUGGUCGAGUUUGGAGAAGGAGCGGUUCUUCCUUGCUUUGUCGAGGAGAUCCAAGGCCGACAUACGCGGUAUUGCGACCAUCAUCGGAUCAAAGUCUGAAUUGGAGGUUUACGAGUACCUACGGCUACUAGAGGAAGAGCACAAGUACAGACAUCUUUACUCAACGGAAGUUGAUCACAUUAGCCACGCUGAUAUACCAGCUGCUGCAGAGCUAAGCAUUGAGAGCGAAGCAUUACUGGAAGAGGCAGCGGAGGCUCUGACCGUCUACCAAGAUAGAUACGACCAUGCCAUUGGAGAGCAGAUGCACCAGGGCCGCUGGCUAGUUGAUGAUGUCCAAGCCAAAGCAUAUGAUGAAUUGGUCGACCAUACUGAAGGCGGCAUUUCAUCUGAUGCUAGUCUGUCGACUGAAUUCUCGAUACCUGCAAAAGGCAUGUUCAGGCUGUCGUCAUGGUUGUCGUUAACGGAACAAGUCUUCAUGAAUUCUGACCCUACUCGUACGGAGAAUAACUGGACUAGCUAUGCAGCUGAAGAUGAGGUGCCAGCUAUAACUGAGGGAGCGAUAUCCGAUCUCUAUGAGAUAGCUAUCCAUCAGCUACGAAAGAUAACGCAGACAUCAAUUUUUUGUGCAGAAUCACGGAUUCGCACUACAAGGGACCGCGCUUACACGGCGAAGGCACUCGUCAAGGCACAAGAUGUGGCUGCUGCUAUCAGUAUAUUGGGUCUUCCAGAUGAUCGCUCUCAAUUUUGGCUUGGGCUCGCGAAAAGGAACCAACUGAACGUCGUCAAUGAUUAUCGUAAGAAAGACCGAGGACGACGAACCUUACUCACCUAUGACCAGGUUGAGAGUAUUCUCGGCGAGACGCUAGCACCGCAUAGAGGACGUAGAUCUCAUACAAGUGCAUCUAGUUCCCUGUGUGUGUCUGAAGAUUCAGACCAUGUGACAGAAUCCGGCAUGUCUGAAGACACUGAUGAUUCGGAUGUCCUCGGCUCCGACCGAUUUGAACCGAGUAGAGACGCGACAACAUCCACAGAUGAAGUCAUGGAAGAAAUGGAAGAAAAUGAUGACACUGAGUCGAGUACCGAAUCGUCUGACGAAGAGCUAUGUGAAGACGACCAAGACCGUCGCUUGGAGAACUUGGAUCAGGUGUACAGCCGACGUCAAGAGCUGCAACUGUAUCAUGAUCUGGGGUGGGCAAAGCUGGAGGACAUUGAAGUGGCGCAUGUGGAGAAGCUGAGGCCCGGGGAAGAAGUGGCGGGCAUGAUGAAGCGCAAGAACAGGGCUGAUCUCGUUGACUGGCGCGAUUCAAUAACCAGAUACGUGGAGAGCUGGGAGGAACAUGGUCAAAGCUUGGAAGAAGCUGGCUUUGCUGAGAAGCGAGAAGGCGCGAAAAGAAGGAGGAUAGGAGAAGGCACAGGACCGCGAAAAGACCUUCCAUUCAGGUCUCUGCCGAGAUGA